GCAUGCAUUAAUUUGGUUUCUAAGUAGGGGAUCGAAAUCUCAGUCAAGCUAGCUAGUAUUCAUACCCAUAUCAUAAUCUAAAGACUGUUAAUAAUUGUGUAACUUGUGUUACACAACAACGCUAUCAGAGCCGGUUCAUAGUAUAAAUUUGGUCGCAAGCAAACAAAAAAAAAAAAAACAUAAAACAUCAUUUGUCACGUGUCUUUUUAUGAUUGGAUGAUAGAUAACAAGUCGGCCUACGUUACCUGAACUAAUCUAGUUUUCUUCUGGAUCUCCAGACAGCUAAGUACAGACAGUAGUAUCAUCUCUCUGUACUGUCCGAUUAAAUUGGUGGAGUUCUUUUGAGGCAUUUGCUUCUAUGCCACUUUUAAGAGUAAAAUGGGAGAGUCUACGGGGUGUGGGAAAGGAGGAGUAAUGAUCCCAAAUGUUAAGUCUGCAAAUUCUUAUAACUGCCUCUCCCUUUAGUUGUCUCCUGUUGUUUCUGUUUGGGAUUGUGUUGUCCGCACCAUGAGGUAUUCCUAUAUACCAGAGUGGUUCUAUAGUCUUUGAAAUCCUCUCAAGACAGCGAGUUUAGGUGCAUUUUCUUUAGUUAGAAUUAUAGCAAGCAAUAAUGGAUCAUCAUACGGUGUGCAAGCAGCAAGUUCAGCCUGUCGUUAGGAAAGCUAAGAAGAAACAUGUUAAAGAUGAAUUUGAUCGUGUCAAACAAGCUGAGAAGAAAAAGAGACGUCUGGAGAAAGCUCUUGCUACUUCUGCAGCCAUCCGGGCUGAGCUUGAGAAGAAGAAGCAGAAGAGAUUGGAAGAACAACAAAGGUUAGAUGAAGAAGGGGCUGCCAUUGCUGAGGCUGUUGCUCUUCACGUCCUACUGGGCGAAGAAGACUCUGAUGAUUCAUCUCCUCGAGUCAUGCUUAGCGAGGAAAAGGGUUUCACAGUGGAUCUGUUUAGAGAUGAAAGGACCAGCUUUGCUCCUCGCCAAAGAUGCGCUAGCUAUGUAGUUAUAGGAGGAAUUGUGUUUGUGUCAAACGGUUAUGGACUAGGAGAUAGUAACUGGUCAGUGUCAUAUAAGCCUUUCGUGAAGGAUGUUUGGGAUAACAACAUGGGAAUAUCUGCGGAUUUGAUUGCUGCUCAGGCUGUUUCAUCACUACAGAUUUCUGAGAACGCUGAUGAGAACUCUCUUUUCUUUGAAACAAUGUUCCGGGGAUGACAACUGCCAUGAUCCCAAUUGCUAAGAGAACUGUUUGCUAUGAUAGAAGUAAGUAACUUUUUCUGUAAUCUAGAAACCCUUAUUGAGUGAAAAAUAUUUCAUGUGUAUCUUUUUAUGUUAGACCAGCUGAGAAGAUGACAUCUUCUGCUGCUUUCUCUCUCUGUAAUUUUUUGCGUUCUAAGUUGUAUACAGCAUACAUUUUGAAUCUCUGUCACUAGCUAGAUUCAAUCACAAAUUAUAGUGUAUUGAGACUAAUAAAACCUUUCGAUCGA